CAAUUAAAAAAAUAGUUGGGUUUGUCUAGAGGUACUCAUCGUCUUUUUCGCUUUCUUCUUAAGGCAUAGGAGAGAUAUUAGAUAACAUAAAGGAAAAGGAUGAUCUUCCCGAAUAAUAUAUCCUGUGUUCAUAUUUGAGUUGUUUAUACAAUUGAUUUUAAUUACAACUGUCUUUGAACUUGUUGACUUAAAAUCAAUAUAAUAAUACACCUAAUAUAUAUGCUAUGAAAUCUUCUAAAGUAAGUUGUAACGGUUCAAUACCAAGUUACCAACACUUCAUUCAUGGCAUCCAUGACUAUCAUCACUCUUUUCUUGGUUUUUCUUUCUUUAAAGUUCCAAUAUUCAAAAGCACAAUCUUGGGUUAGAGCAGGGUACUGGUUUUCAGGUAGUGAAUUCCCAAUUUCAGAUAUAAAUUCUGAACUCUUUACUCACCUAAUUUGUGCUUUUGCUGAUGUGAACUCUUCUUCCUAUGAGCUCUCAAUAUCAUCUUCAAAUGAACAAUUAUUUUCAACUUUCACAAACACUGUCAAACAAAAGAACCCUUCAGUCACAACACUUUUAUCCAUUGGAGGAGGAAAUGCAGACUACAAAGUCUUUUCACAAAUGGUUAGUAAUUCAUCUCAUAGAAAGUCUUUCAUUGAUUCUUCAAUAAAGCUAGCCAGGCUCAAUGGUUUCCAAGGCCUAGACUUUUGUUGGGUCUCAGCAAACACAAGCUCAGACAUGUCAAACAUGGGACUUUUAUUCAAAGAGUGGAGAGAUGCCACUAGCAACUCAUCGAGCCAGGAACCACAAUUAAUCUUAACCGCAGCUGUUCAGUUCACACCAGAUGUUGAAGACACUUCUUUCCCUGUGGACUCAAUCCGGAGCCACUUGGAUUGGGUAAAUGUCUUGGCCUAUGACUACUACGGGCCUCAGUGGUGGAAUUCAACCGCUGCACAAGCUGCUCUAUUUGACCCUUCAAGCCAAACUAAUACUGAUUUUGGUAUCAGCUCAUGGAUUGGCAGGGGAAUAUCUUCUUCCAAAUUGGUUUUGUCAUUGCCUUACUAUGGAUAUGCUUGGAAACUUGUGAAUCCCAAUGAAAACAGUAUUGGAGCACCAGCAAGUGGUCCAGCUAUAUCUGAAGAUGGAUCAAUGACUUAUAAGGACAUUAAAAGUUACAUUAAGAGGUAUAAUGCUCAAGUAACAUAUAAUGCUACUUAUGUGGUGAAUUACUUCUCUGUUGGAUCAACUUGGGUUGGUUUUGAUGAUGUUGAAGUUGUUCAAGUUAAGGUUUCUUAUGCCAAGGAGAAGAAGUUACUUGGUUAUGUUGCCUGGCAUAUAGCUAAUGAUGACAAUUGGGUGCUUUCUCUUACAGCAAAAGAAGGUGGUGGAAGAAAGACCAAAAAGAAGUGGAAAUUGUUAGUAAUCAUUUUCACAUCAAUAGUUACUACUGUUUUAAUAGUAGCUGCCUUGCUAUUUUACUUCUUGAAAAGAAGACUCAAAUCAAAAGUUGAAGUAUCAAAGUAUCCAAAAAACAGUGCAGCAGCUGCUGGAGAUUUUAAUAGCAAUAUUCCUAAUCUUCGAGUCUUUAGCCUUGCUGAUGUUGAGGCUGCUACAGAAGGUUUUUCAGUCGAAAAUAAGCUCGGACAAGGUGGAUAUGGUCCUGUUUAUAAGGGUGUACUUCCAAAUGGAGAAGAAAUAGCAGUUAAGAAACUGUCAGCGGCUUCAACACAAGGAUUCGAGGAGUUUAAGAAUGAAGUUGUACUCACAGCGAAACUUCAGCAUGUUAAUCUUGUUCGAGUUAUGGGAUUCUGCAUUGAAAGAGAUGAACAAAUGCUAAUCUAUGAAUACAUGCCAAAUAAGAGCUUGGACUUGUACCUAUUUGAUCCUCUUAGAAGGUAUGUCUUGGAUUGGAGAAAACGUGUAAACAUCAUUGAAGGUGUCACUCAAGGGCUUCUUUAUCUCCAAGAAUACUCAAGAUUGACAAUUAUACACCGAGACUUGAAAGCUAGCAAUAUAUUACUUGAUGAUGAGAUGACUCCUAAGAUAUCAGAUUUUGGAAUGGCAAGAAUUUUUACAAAAGAUGGACUUGAAGCAAACACAAGGCGAAUAGUUGGAACAUAUGGCUACAUUCCACCAGAAUAUGCCAAGCAAGGAUUAUAUUCCACCAAAUCAGAUGUUUAUAGCUUUGGAGUUCUACUUCUACAGAUCAUAAGUGGCAAAAGGACAGCUCUUGUUUAUGGAUUGAAUGAAGAUCUAAAUCUCCUUGAAUAUGCAUAUGAACUGUGGAAAACAGGAAAAGGAAUGGAUUUUAUGGACCCUUCACUUGAGGACUCACAUUCAUCAUGCAAGUUGAUGAAAUGCCUGGAAAUAGCUCUGUUAUGUGUACAAGACAAUGCAAACGACAGGCCAUCCAUGUUAGAAGUUUCUUCAAUGCUGAAGAACCAAAAUGCAACUAUGGUGACACCCCAAAAGCCUACUUUUGCAACUAGAAAUAGUAAAAAUCAGGAGGGAAGUACAGUUAAAUCUUGGCCAGCUGAUACUUCUUCUUCGGUCAAUGAAGCUACAAUCUCUGAGGUGCUACCCCGCUAGCUAAUACUAUUACUAAUACUGUGUAAUAACUAAAUUGUUCUUGAAAUUUUGAACAUAAAAGAGUUGUAGCUACUAGCAAUCAUAAACAUAAUUUUACUUUUUUUGAUUGUUCAUUGAUAUAAAGUAUAGAGUGCAAAGGUCAAAAUACUGUUAGAGAUUUAUAACAAUGGAAGAAAAUCAAGAUUUAUUACAA